AUGGUUCAAAUCGACCAUCAUGAGUACCUCUCCGAGGAAGAGAAGCGUCUCAAGCAGGACAGAGAACGAGAGAAGUAUUGGAAGAGGUGGGGUCCGUAUGUGGCUGAGAGACAGUGGGCGACAGUGCGAGAGGAUUACAGCGCUGAUGGUGAUGCGUGGAGCCAUUUCCCUCACGACCAUGCACGAUCCAGAGCUUUUCGGUGGGGUGAAGAUGGCAUUGCUGGUGUCUCGGAUACGCAUGGCUUGCAGAACAUCGCAUUUGCUUUUUGGAAUGAAGAAGAUGACUUCCUCAAAGAGCGAUUGUUCGGACUUUCCAAUCCGCAAGGCAACCACGGCGAGAGUAUCAAAGAGGCACAUUUCCAUGUUGAUAAUACCCCUACGCACUCAUAUAUGAAACUUCUAUACAAGUAUCCGCAACGGAAAUUUCCCUACGAAGACCUUGUCAAAGAAAAUGCGAGACGUGGAAAGAAGGACAGAGAAUACCAGAUAAUCGAUACAGGGAUCUUCGACGACGAUAGGUAUUGGGAUAUCUACAUUGAGACUGCGAAAGAGGACGAUGAUCCUGAAGAAUUGCUCUUCCGAGUUACAGCUUGGAAUCGCGGACCCGAACCUGCCCCACUCCACAUUAUUCCACACGUCUGGUUCAGAAAUACCUGGGCCUGGGGUCAUGAAUCCCCUGACAAGAAACCUAACAUCCAUCAAGUCAGCGAGACCGUCGCCCAAACCACACAUUAUAAGCUUGGCGAACGGUAUCUCCAGCUCUCCCCGUCGCCAGGUGUAGGACCAAGUGGCCAGGAUGUCAUGCCAGAGUUGAUCUUCACAGAGAAUGACACCAAUUUCGAGGGCUUGUACUGCGGAGAAAAUGAGCAACCAUAUGUCAAGGACGCCUUCCAUCGCCACAUUGUCGAUAAGGAGAAGAAAGCUGUUAAUCCUAAGCUUACAGGCACAAAGUCUGCUGCAUGGUUUGCGUUCAACGAAGGCGGGGGCGUAGCUCCUGGCGAAUGUGCCGUGGUCAGAUUUCGAUUGUCCAAGAAGUACGAUGAUUACAUGGACGAAGAGUUAUUCGACGAUAUUAUCGAAAAGCGAAAGGAGGAAGCGGACGAGUUCUACUACCGCAUCAGUCCACUCCCUAUGUCUGAGGAUCUUAGGAAUAUCCAACGUCAAGCCUUUGCUGGCAUGAUGUGGACGAAGCAAUUUUACCAUUUCAUCUGGGAUCAAUGGGCGAAUGGUGAUCCAAAUCAGCCUCCUCCACCACCAGAUCGCAAGGCUAUUCGGAACACAAAUUGGAAGCACAUGCAUCUAGAUGACAUCCUAUCAAUGCCAGACUCGUGGGAGUAUCCGUUCUUUGCUGCAUGGGAUUCCGCUUUCCAUUGCAUCCCUCUGGCAAUGAUUGACCCAGACUUCGCCAAGAAGCAGUUGGAUUUGUUCACAAGAGAAUGGUAUAUGCAUCCGAAUGGACAAUUGCCCGCGUAUGAAUGGAAUUUUGGAGAUGUCAAUCCGCCAGUCCAUGCCUGGGCCACAUUCCGCACAUUUAAGAUUGAGAGAAAGCUCUACGGUCGGCAAGACUUAGAUUUCCUCGAACGGGUGUUUCAAAAGCUACUUCUCAACUUCACCUGGUGGGUCAACAGAAAGGAUUUUGACGGCAAGAAUGUGUUCGAGGGUGGUUUCCUUGGUUUGGACAACAUUGGUUUGUUCAAUCGAUCGGAGCCUCUGCCCACGGGAGGAGUACUUGAACAAGCGGACAGCACAGGUUGGAUGGCAUUUUACUGUCUUUGCAUGCUCAAUAUUGCCCUUGAGUUGGCAAAGCAUAGACGUGUAUAUGAAGAUAUUGCGUCGAAGUUCUUUGAGCAUUUCAUGCUGAUUAGCGAUGCCAUGACUUACAAGGCGGGUGCAAAGGAGAAGUCCCUCUGGAAUGAAGAGGACGGAUUUUACUACGAUGCUAUCUCUUACGGAGGACCCUGGACGCAACAACUUCCUGUCCGGUCCCUUGUCGGUCUGAUCCCACUCUAUGCUACACUUACACUGGAGCCUGAGUUGAUCAACAAAUUGCCUUCGUUCAAGAAGCGCGUGGACUGGUUCAUUGAGAAUCGACAUGACGUUGCGGAACGGAACAUGGCUAGCAUCAGGAAGAGAGGAAAGGACAAUCGAAUACUGCUCUCGCUUGUCAGCAAAGACCGGCUCGAGAAGAUUUUGAAGCGUAUGCUCGACGAGGACGAAUUCUUCAGCGAACAUGGAAUUCGUUCGCUGUCCAAGUACCAUGAAAAACACCCUUAUUCCAUGGACGUGAACGGCCAGGAGUUUAAAGUCGAGUAUGUUUCUGGCGACUCCGAUAGUGGCAUGUUCGGUGGCAAUAGCAAUUGGAGAGGACCCAUCUGGUUAUGUGUCAACUUUCUACUUGUAGAAAGCUUGCAACGCUUCUACAUGUUCUACGGCCCGCAGUUCGAAGUAGAAUGCCCCACCGGCUCUGGAGACAUGAUGCAUCUUGGUCGCGUAUCCGAGGAGAUUCAACAUCGCCUGCAACAUCUCAUGGCCCGUGGAGAUGAUGGUCGUCGCGCUAUCAAUGACGGAAAUGAUAUGCUCGACUUUGAUCCUAACUGGAAAGACAACUUGUGGUUCUAUGAGUUCUUCGAUGGUGACUCUGGCCGUGGGCUUGGAGCUACCCAUCAAUGCGGUUGGACUGGGCUCAUCGCUAGAAUGAUCCAUGACACAGGAUUGAGCUGUCGUCUUCCACAAACCCCGCGGACGCCUUCCACUGGUAUGAAUCACUACUUCGACGAUAUCUUCACCCGCCACGUAACGCAACCUAAGAGUGGCCACAAAACCCCUCGACACAUGAUGCGUCGCUCUUCGACAGCAAGAUCAAUAGGCGCCCGAAGUGACUUUGACGCUUCCACGAAUGGAGACGAUGCUCAUUCCGUCGGCAAUUCGGUUGAGCCCGAAACUGCAGAGAGAGAACGGGAACGCAGAGAAGCCGAUGCCCACACUGCUCACUAUGUGUCUGAACAGUUGUCGAGGGUUCGGAGCAAUCAAUCUGCUGAUUACGAGACUGGUGAUGAAUUUGAAGCUCAACUGGAUGGUCAAUGA